UGAAUUGUGCUAGGAAUCAAAUAAUACGCCACAAUCCCGAACCUGAGUUAUGUAAUGUGAUGUGGUAGACAAGCGUUGAAUCGUGGAAUCUUUCGGUAAACAGUGACUGAAUAUAUUUAAAAAUAUAUCGGUAGUGGUUGUGUUUGGCGAAAGUGGCGACAGUCUAGUUCAAGGCCAAUUGUGAUUAGCUAGAUGUACGUCACAGAAUUUCGUAGUGUAUUCGGUCAUUGAACCUUAAUAAUCACAACGAGUUACCAGAAUGGAACUAAAACAUGUGGCUUUGUUUGCAAUUGCAGACUCCUUCAUAGAAAGUGCGAUGUAAAACAGUAUUGUUGCAACUAAAUUGAUUCUAUUAGUAGAAAUUUUUUUCCGCUUGCAUAUUUCUUUUGUUACAUAAGGUUGACCUCAGAGCUAUUUUGCGUAAGGUAUUCAAAUUUCCGAAACAAGCUUCUGGCCUUUGGCUUUUUAGGUCGAAUAAUUAGCUUCAACUUAAUAUUGUGAGGGGCUGAUUUGAAUUAUAAACAUUAUUCAUCCAAUGACGAGCACUACGGUUCACUAUGAGAAUUCUGUUACUGUUAGAUGUAUACUGGGUACCCAUCUCAAUGACUAAAACACCAUACAGCAAUAGUUUUACAUCCGGACAGGAUGGCACCAGUGGUUGUGUGGUUAGCGUAACAGCCUCACAACCCGGCCGGCAAGGGAUCAAUCUCCAAGCUGGCGUCGUUGGGAUUUUCUGAGGCUAAAGAUCUCUGGAUACUUGGUGUAAGUAUUAUAGCGAAAGCUGUUGCCCCGGCUCAUGAGUUGUUGAGUCUGUUAGGUAGGAAACAAUGAACCAUUUUACAGUAUCUGUUGAUUAUUUUUUGAUUAAUAGUCGAAUUUCGAUGGAAUACAAAAAUUGAUGGUUUUAGGUGAAAUAAAUGGGAGUGCGGGGGAUAUCGACACCCUGUCGGGUAAAACCGACACAUUUGAAGAAACGAAUGAAAACUUGUUACAAUAAUUUCAAAGUAUUAAGAGGUUAUUUAUAUAUUAUGUGGAUACUUUAAGAUUCCAGUUUAGGUGUGCAUCCACGUGAAAUGUGCCAAUGGGUGUUGAAGAAGGGAUACCAUGAGCUCUGCCAGACUUUUUUGUUGACAUGACUGAUUCAACGUUGGUUUUGGCUGUUUUGUUAGUUCAGCUCGGCCGUUUUUUUUUUCGAGUAUAAACAAGAGGCAUCUACAAAAAGUAAGAACGCAUUUUUCCUGUCUGUAAAACACAAAUCAGGUGUCGAUUUUACCCUGACUGAAGGUGUCGGUGUUACCCCGAAUGAACUUGAAAUUUCAAAACAAUGUUUUCGAGAAUUGAUGAGCAAUAACACCACCUACCGUCUCAGUAAGUUAGUUUUACCCACAGUGUCCGUUUUCCCCUACUAAACGUGGCGGGAAUAUACCGACGUAAAAUAAAUGAAGAUAAAAAAAUUCAAUCAUAAAUAUGUUAUGAAACCCUGAAAGCUUGUGUUCCUUCUGAAAGUGCACGUGGAAUGAUAGUUGUAUAUUGUGUCAUAUUCGUAUUUUUGUUGUUAUUAAUCAAAAUAAAUUGAAAACGUGAAUCUUAACGUUAGCAUUAAAAAAUGGACUUUUUUUCGGAUGGUGAUAAAUAAAACUGAGAUAGAUAAUUGGGUUUGAUAAAUUUCCCUUGUGAGCGGCCUUUCGGCAGUUAACCGGAAUAUAUAACGUAAAAAAAGACAAGUAUAAACAGGAGACAUCGAAAAAUUUUCAAAAAAUUGUUUCUAACUGAAAAAAAUCAGGGGGUGUCGAUUUUACCCACAGUGUCCGUUUUUCCCUGAUUUCCCCUACUAAAAUACCGACGUAAAAUAAAUGAAGAUAAAAAAAAUUCAAUCAUAAAUAUAUUUUGAAACCCUGUAUAGGCAAAAGGAAGCUUGUUCCUUUCGAAAUUACACGUGGAAUGAUAGCUGUAUAUUGAGUCAUAUUCGUAUUUUAGUUGUUAUAAAUCAAAAUACAUUGAAAACGUGAAUCUUAACGUUUGCAUUAAAAAAGGACUUUUAUCGGGUGGUGAUUAAUAAAACUGAGAUAAAUAAUUGAGUUUGAUAAAUUUCCCUUGCGAGCGGCCUUCCGGCAGUUAACCGGAAUAUUCGCCAUGGCGGACGAAAACAUGCGUGUAGGCAUGUUUUUAAGUUCUUCCUUUGUUUUAUUUAUCAUUUCUUUUUCAGUUUUCGCGACAAAAAAUUGUUUGAGUAGAUCUUACGCUUCAGGUUUGCCCUGAAAUUCUCGAUGGAACGCUGCUGGGGGACGUUGAGCGGGUUCUUGGGUACCACAUCGAUAUUAAGCCGCUCGCUCCAUCUCCUCUAACUAUCGCUUCGAGUAGUGGGCCGACGCCAGAUCCGGCCAGAACACCGCGUUUUCGCCCUUAUGGUAUUUCUUGAUGAACGACGCAACUUCCGGCAGGCACUUCGUACUAUAAAUUUCCCCGUUCAUGGCCAGACCGGAACUAAAGAUAAGCGGCUUUGACAUCCCCUUCUCGCUGAUUGUCAGCCACAGCAACAUCUUCUUGGGGAACUUGGUGUGUGAAAUAAACUUCACUUCGGAGCAUACAUUCUUCGUGGGAGAAGUAAAAUAAAGUAAAGUGCCCUGCCAGUCGUUGCCAUUCAGAGUGAGAUAAGUCUCGUCGUCCAUCACCACCGCCACGUCGUGAUUCGCCGGAAAAAUCGACUUGACCAUCUUAUUCAGCCGCAGCUGCUGCGUCAUUACCUGCAGCUCUGAGACCAGUGGACCGGACUUCAGCUUCGUGAUAUAUAUGUCCAUUAGAGUGCUAAUGGAUGUAUGGGAAAAAAGUGACCCUCGAAUUCUCAAAGCGAACUUGAUUAAGAAUGUUUACUAGUGUCGCUCAGCGGUCAAAGUUUAAGUUUUCAAAACCCGAAAAAUCACUCAAAGGGGGAGUAAAGGAAAUCGGUGUUUUCGAAAAAAAAAUUGAUGCCAAAUGUCUUCAAAUUACAUGAAACGUCGAGAUCUACUGUCAUCUCGAAAAAUUUUUUUGUCAAGAAUCGACACUCUGGGACAUUUGGCAUCACAGGGUAGUUUUUCGUGGGAAUCAACAUUUUUUAAUCAAGUUCGCUUUGAAAAUUCGAGACGGCCAUUUUCAUUGGCACUCUAAUGUCUAUGUUCGCCAGGUACUUUUUCACUGUUUGGCCGGUUGUACAGAACUGCCGGCCAAGCGCACCGUUCUUUGAAAGCGCACACUUUUGCACGGAGUAGUUUCAAUGUUUUCGUCAUCACGGUUAGAGUUUGACUGAUAGAGCUGUCAAUUUUUUUCUGCUGGCUCAUGGGUUACUAUGUUUGAUGCUGCAUAGGUAGUUUCGUCAGUGCGUGUGAAGGGCCGCAAUGCAUUGCAGCGUAGCUACAGCUCUGCGGCAGUUCCGACCACCAAAAUGUUCAUUGAUGGCAAAUUCGUGGACUCAAAAACUACUGAAUGGAUCGAUUUACACGAUCCAGCCACCAACGAGGUGGUAACACGAGUUCCAAAGUGCACCCAGAACGAAAUGAAGGCAGCAGUGGAAUCCUCAAAGAAAGCAUUCAAGACCUGGAGCCAAACAUCUAUCCUCGGAAGGCAACAGGUGAUGUUCAAGUUGCAGCACAUCAUCAGGAACAAUAUGUCCGAACUGGCUAAGAAUAUCACCAAGGAGCAAGGAAAGACACUCGUUGAUGCGGAGGGUGACGUCCUAAGAGGACUGCAGGUCGUUGAGCACUGUUGCAGUAUAACCUCGCUGCAAAUGGGGGAGACCGUUUCCAACAUCGCUAAGGACAUGGAUACGUACUCAUACACACUUCCCCUGGGUGUAACAGCUGGAAUCUGUCCGUUCAAUUUCCCGGCCAUGAUUCCAUUGUGGAUGUUUCCAGUUGCCAUCACAACUGGCAACACUAGUAUUAUCAAGCCAUCGGAACGUGUUCCUGGGGCCACUAUGCUAUUAAUGGAAAUGUUGAAUGAGGCUGGUUGUCCUCCGGGGGUAGUCAACGUCAUCCACGGAGCCCAUGAUACCGUUAAUUUCAUCUGUGAUCAUCCAACCAUCAAGGCUGUAUCGUUCGUUGGUUCCGAUCAAGCUGGAAGGUACAUCUAUGAACGGGCUGGACGCAACGGAAAACGUGUUCAAUCAAAUAUGGGUGCAAAGAAUCAUGGUGUGAUUAUGGCAGAUGCUAACAAGGAAAAUACAUUGAACCAACUAGCAGGAGCAGCAUUUGGUGCUGCUGGCCAGAGAUGCAUGGCUCUAUCGACAGCUGUUUUCGUUGGUGAAGCCAAGAAUUGGAUUCCUGAUUUGGUUGAGCGUGCUCGUAAAUUGAAGGUAAACGCAGGACAUGUGCCCGGAACGGAUGUGGGUCCAGUCAUUUCGCCCCAAUCCAAGCAGAGAAUCCACGACCUGGUUGAAUCCGGUAUCAAAGAAGGUGCCAAGAUUAUACUCGAUGGUCGGGAUAUUAAGGUUGAGAGCUUCGAAAAGGGAAAUUUCGUAGGACCCACUAUCCUCUCUGAUGUGAAGCCUAACAUGAAAUGUUACACUGAGGAAAUAUUCGGACCAGUGCUGGUGUGUCUGACCGUGGAUACUUUGGAUGAAGCUGUUGAGUUGAUUAACAGUAAUCCUUACGGAAAUGGUACAGCCAUAUUCACUACGAAUGGAGCAACAGCUAGGAAGUUUGUAAAUGAAAUCGAUGUUGGUCAGGUUGGUGUGAAUGUUCCAAUUCCGGUUCCAUUGCCGAUGUUUUCCUUUACUGGAUCACGAGGAAGCUUCCUCGGAGAUUGCCACUUCUAUGGCAAGCAGGGGGUUAAAUUCUACACCCAGACUAAAACAGUUACCCAGCUUUGGCGCGAAGGAGAUGUUUCACAUACCAAGGCCGCCGUCGCCAUGCCGACAAUGAAAUAGUGAGAUCUUCUAAGCAGUUUUAUUCUGUCUUCCAAUAUCAAGUGCAUUUACUAGACUAAUGAGAUUUUAUAUUAUGCAUUUAAAAUGAUACUGUAUCAAUAAAUAAAUGUCAUCCGCGUACAA